AUGGAUAUAAUUAUUGAGUAUAAUGUCGAAUCCAACACCGAAUUUCAACUAAGUCCAGAAAUAGUUGAAGCCAUUGAUUCAUUAUGGAAUGAUCCGAUAAUAUCGGAAGUACUUGCUAAGCAAGCCCAUUUUUAUUUGAUGGAUUCAGCACCUUA